AUGCUGGUUCAUAUAUUUGCAAUUGGGGCAACCUCAUCCCCAUGCUGUGCGAGUAAGGCAUUGAGACAGGUAGCAGACGACAACAAAAGCAAAUUUGACCAAGAAGUAACCCGGACACUUCGCAGUCGACGACAAUCUAAAAUUGGUCUCAACAAUUCCAAGGGCAAUAUGGUUAGUGGAACAGUUAACCAAACUAUUGGCAGAAGGUGGUUUUCAUCUCACCAAGUUUACCAGCAACAAUCGAGACGUGUUGGCCUCAAUACACCCUGA